AUGAGCAAAAGCCCCAGAGACAACAUUCCUUCGCCGCCCGGCUUGCCAAUUGUUGGCAACUUGCUUGAUAUUCAAGAUGAAGUGCCAAUCAGAGGCCUUGAGAACAUUGCGGAUACAUAUGGCGGAAUGUUUAAAUUAAACAUCAUGGGCCGAGAAAGGCUGUUCGCCGCGAAUGUGGCCCUUCUGGACGAACUAUGCGACGAAUCACGAUUUUGGAAGGCGCCUGGAGAUGGACUGAAUCCAUUGAAUCAGGGUGGUGGUGGUGGCUCGAAGGGUCUUUUCACUGCGGAAAGCGAAGAGACCAUGGAUUGGCAGCUGGCUCACAGGAUCCUGAUGCCAGCUUUUGGGCCACUGGCAAUCCAGGACAUGUUUGACGAGAUGCAUGACAUCGCUUCGCAGCUUGUCCUCAAAUGGGCGCGACUAGGACCAUCCUACUCAAUACUAGUAACAUCAGAUUUCACGCGAUUGACCUUGGACACAAUAGCUCUUUGCGCAAUGGACUAUCGCUUCAACAGCUUCUACCAAGACGAACUUCAUCCAUUCGUGCAAGCUAUGAACACAUCGCUAGCAUUUUCCUCGGACAGGACGAAGCUCGGAAGCAUCGUCAAAAGACUCCUGCCCUGGGAUAAGAGUAUACAGAAGCUGGCGGCUGACAGGCAAUACAUGACCUCCGUGUCAAAAGAGCUCGUGGAGCUGAGGCGAAAUAACCCAACGAACAAGCGAGACCUUCUCAACGCAAUGGUUCUAGGCAAAGAUCCAAAUACCAGCGAGAAAAUGAGCGAUGGACUCAUUGCCUCGAACAUGACCACAUUCUUGAUCGCGGGACACGAGACCACUAGCGGCCUCCUCAGCUUCGCUUUCUUGUUCUUGCUUCAGCAUCCAGACGCAUAUUUCAAAGCACAACAGGAAGUCGACCGCGUUUUGGGUCGUGGCAAAAUUGAAGUCAGGCAUUUACAGGAGCUGAAAUAUAUUGAUGCGGUGUUCCGAGAGACCUUGAGAUUGUGUCCGACUGCGCCAGCUUUCACACGCAGCAUUCGCAAAGACAAUCCCAAUGACGUGGAAGAGCUCCUUGGCGGCAAGUACGCAAUCAAUCGAGAUGAUAAAGUGCUCUGUCUGCUUUCGAAGUGUCAGCGCGAUCCCGAGGUGUAUGGGGAGGAUGCGAACGACUUCAAGCCAGAGCGUAUGCUAGGUGACGCAUUCAACAAGCUGCCAAAGUCCGCAUGGAAACCUUUUGGCACUGGACUGCGCUCCUGCAUCGGCCGAGCCUUUGCGUGGCAGGAGGCCCAGCUUGCAAUGGCGAUGAUAUUACAAAACUUCAACAUCAGACUGGAUGAUCCUGGCUAUCAGAUGCGAAUCAAGCAGACCUUGACGAUCAAGCCUGAGGGCCUUUACAUGCGUGCCACCCUUCGAGACGGUAUUUCCGCCGCGACUCUUCAAACAGCGCUUGCCUCGUCUCCAGACGCAGUCAGGUCUGCGAUCGAGGACACGAUCAGCAGAGCUGACAGUGGAAUGGAAGAUGCGAAACCGAUGACCAUCCUGUAUGGUAGCAAUACAGGCGAGUCUCUCCCUUUGGGAAGCCACGGCACAUGCACAGCUCUGGCUCAAAAGCUUUCUCUCGAAGGUCGCCGACAUGGGUUCGACGCUCGAGUGAUGGAGCUCAACGAUGCCGUGGAUGCAAUACCAAGAGAUGGACAGCCUGUAGUAUUGAUCACUGCUUCUUAUGAAGGACAACCAACGGACAACGCGGCCCAGUUCGUGAAGUGGCUUGAAGUCAUGCCUCCUGGCGAGAGCCGAUUUGAGGGAGUCAAUUUUGCUGUCUUUGGCUGUGGUCACCGAGACUGGACAGGGACAUUUCACAGGAUCCCGAAACUUGUCGACGAACUUUUCAAGAAGCAUGGUGCAACGCAAACUGUCAGGGCAGGAUUUGCAGAUGCCGCCGCUGGCGAUAUCUUUUCGCAGUUUGAAGAUUGGACUGACCGUUCAUUUUGGCCAAGCGUCUCGCCAUCAUCGGGAGCAGCUCAAGAAGCACCAGAGCUGGAAAUGGACGUCGCCACUCGUGAGAGAAGCACGUACCUUCGCCAAGAUGUUAGGAAGGGCAUCGUAAAGAGUUCGUGGUGCUUGACAGCAGAUGGUGAGCCAGAGAAGCGUCAUCUCGAGAUCAAGCUGCCAGAUAACAUGACAUACGAAGCAGGAGACUAUCUGGCCAUUCUGCCUCUCAAUCCUCAGCAAACAGUGACUCGAGUCAUGAAGCAUUUCAAGAUCUCUGCCUUGGCCACGACUACGAUCAAGCCUGGCGCUGCAACAUUCCUGCCAACUGGCGUGCCUUUGUCCAUCGUGGAGCUCCUGAAAGGGUUUGUCGAGCUGUCCUUGCCUGCGACGAAGAGAGAUAUACAGGCUUGCAUUGCAUGCACCAGCGACACGACGGAGAAAGAGGAACUUCGCGCUCUGCAGUCGGAAAGCGCUUUUCGAGAAUUGGAUGAAAGCCAUGUCUCGUUACUGGAUCUUCUUGAGCGAUACACAAGUAUUGGGUUGGGGUUCAACACCUUCAUCGCUAUGCUGCAGCCACUCAAGCCUCGCUUGUACUCGAUCUCUUCCUCACCGUUAGUCGAUGCCACCUCAUGCACAGUAACCUACGGUGUCAUCGACGAAGACGCGAAGAGCGGAAACGGUCGCUACGUGGGAGUCACCGGCUCUUACUUAUCUGGUCUUAUGACUGGUGAUGAGAUACUCGUCUCUGUCCGCGCUACAAACAGGUACUUUCAUUUGCCGGCCGAGAUUUCACAAACACCAAUUCUGAUGUUCGGCGCCGGUACCGGCAUUGCACCUUUCCGCGGCUUCAUCCAAGAAAGGGCUCAGCAGAUUGCUGCCGGACGCUCGCUCGCUCCUGCCAUCAUGUACAUGGGCUGUCGCUCCUCGUCAAGCGAUCGUCUCUACUCUGACGAGAUGGACAAGUGGGUCAAGCAUGGCGUUGUUGAUAUCAGAUAUGCUUUCAGUCAAGAAAGUCACGCAUCGGAAGGCUGCAAAUACAUCCAAGAUCGCAUGUGGAAGGAGCGGGAAGAUGUCAUCAGACUGUGGCGAGAUGGCGCCAAGGUCUUCGUUUGCGGCGGUCCAGCAGUGUGCGAAGGCCUCGGCGACGUUUCACGAAAGCUCUUGCUUGAGAGCAUGAAGUCGAGGGGACAGGAAAUGUCGGAGAAAGAGGCCGAACUGUGGUUUCGGGAGAGGAGGAAUGUGCGAUAUGUGGUCGAUGUCUUUGCUUAG